AUGCCUUCGGAGGACGGGUUGGUCUCCAAUAAACAUGGUUUCAACUCCAUAGGAAGCGAGAAUAUCUAUGGUACGAAUCCAGAACUCAAUCAUAGACAUGAGGUAUGAGAUUUAAAUUUCUGUAUUAUUAGAAUCCGCCCAUGGGAAAAGCAUUUUUGUAUAUUUUAGCGAAGUGCUGAUCCAAACUCAGAACUCGAAACCGCAAUCUCCAGCAGUUUGACGCAUCUCAAACGAACCGCGUCCUCUCCCAUCCCCAAUUCUCUUCGAAAUAACAAUUUUGCCCAAAGCGACGUAUCUUCUGAAGUUGUGGGACACACCUUGGAACCAGUUGAAUUUAACGGGAGACCUCCACAUUACAGUAAACUCAAGAUUUUCACGGUUGUAAAUGUGGUUGAGGUAAGAAUAACCACAAAUAACUGAUGACUUUACUCUAGAUAAAGAAAAGAGAGAAGACCGCGGGAUAUCUGAAGAUGUCCGAUAGACAAGUAGCCAAUCCUUUUCGAAGAUAUGGGUCGUUGAGGACAUUGCACAGCAUUGGCGGAUGGGUUACACCCAAAGGGAAUGACAAAAGACAUGAAUAUAUUAAGGUAACUGAUCAACUAUCAAUCCUAUGAUUGUCUUAAUAUUCAGAGUGGUUCACGACCUCCCAAAAGACCAACAGGUCCAGAAUUUGGACUUCAUAAGGACGCGAACUUAAACAAAGAAGUGGUUUCGUUCCCCUGCACGAAGAAUAUCACCAGCAAUGAUCUCAUAUUCAAUGUUGCUCAGCAAAUUAAGAAAAAAGUCCAAGGAUUCGAGUCUGAUCUCACAAGAAAACCAAUGGAGAAGAAGGGAUCCAAAGCCAAGAAAGAACCCCAUAAUGUUUCGCAUUUACCCUCAGGGCCAUUGACGGGUAUAAUAAGAAAAAAAUUCUCUCAUUAA